CGCAGAUAUUAGUGCUGCGGGCUCCAUAAGAAAACAUGGAGGACGAGAACAUGCAGGUUUUUAUCGAUUAUUCAAUAAAACAGACAUUGCUUCAACGAACGAAGAACCUAGAGGAAGGAAAAGACGACAAUUUUCUUGGAUAUGUUUUUGGCGAGGUGUUCCCAAAUAAAAUUCACAUAAUUGGUUGUGCAGCUUGUACAGAAAGUCAUCCACCCGCUAAGACAGGGUAUCCAGCAGUCCCUGACUGGAAAAAUGAGAAAUCAGAAUUAUAUUCUCUUAUCCCCAACGGGAUACGUCUGGUUGGAAUUCAUUAUUCUUGUGUUAAACCUACAAAUCUUGAACCCUGUGAGCUUAAAAAAAUAUUUAAUGGAACAUUUUUAAAGGAUGCUUCAGUAACCAACAAUUCUCUAGUGGUUUUACAGCAUGUUAAUACCAGUGAUGGUGAAAGAAAAAGGUGUUUUAUCUACAACAAGGAUCUUGAAUCAGUAUCUGAGUGUGAGUGGCAAGAAGCAAGUAUCCAGGGAGAAUUUCUAGAAAAGAGGAUUUGCUUUCGAGUUCAAGCAAGCAUACCUCUAUCUGUCUCCAAGGAUCAAAAUGAUACAUCAGAAAUUACAAACAAUAUUGAAAAGACUUGCAAAGAGUUAGAUUCCACGUCAACUGCCUUCCACAUAAAAGACUGUAAACUGUUGCUUAAAAAUGUGGAUCAUGGAAGCGAUGAAUCAGAAAGCUGUGAAUCACUUCUGGCAAGGAUUGAAUUAGGACAAGAAAAACUGCAAAGCAUGCAUGGAUCAGGCAAGAGUAAAGGAAAACAGAAAAGUGCCAAGUCGGUUUCCUCUUCUGGUUCACUGAAACUUAAGGAUGUAUUGGAUGUACGAUACUUAUAUCAGCUGACAGACAAUAACAAGGAUGAGGAAGCAUUUGUACCAGUUAUCCAAUACAGGAAAGAGGCAAAGUCUAAAACAAUUUGCAACUUGGCACUUGAUGUGGUGUUAAAUUUAUCAAGAGACACUCCAUUGAAGAGUCUGCCGAAGUUAUUUAUUUCUGCCCUGUGCAGUCAGCUUAGAAAGAUGGCCUCAGUUAUGGCACAGUUUUCCAAGGGAAGCUCGUUAGCUCUCGUUAAGGCACACCACUUCAAGCUUCCUGGGUUUUGUCAUUUGGUGACCGCUGUUUAUCCCAGCAUUAAAGGAGAUGGUGAACCAAUAGAAGAUGAUAAACUUGCAUCAUACAGGUUGAAACUUCACAAAAGACUUCUUCUACCAGAAAACAGACCUCUUAUGAGACCCUCCAAUAGAUACCAGUUUGAGAACGACGGGCAGCAAGGUAUCUACUUAACAAAUCCUCACACUGGAUUGGUAGGAGGGGUUUGUGGCACAGUAGCAGUUGUUGAUGGAACAUAUUCCUACCACCAUUACAUGCAGGAUAACUUCAAUGAUGAUGGGUGGGGUUGUGCAUAUCGAUCACUUCAGACCAUCGCUUCCUGGUUUGCUCACCAAGGCUACACAUCCAAGCCAGUCCCGAGCCAUCAUGAAAUUCAACAAGCACUUGUUGAUCUCCAAGACAAAGGCAAAGAGUUUGUGGGUUCUCGGCAGUGGAUAGGCUCCUUUGAAGUCAGCAUGUGUCUGGAACAUCUUUUGGGAGUCACAUCGAAGAUCAUGUUUGUCAGCACUGGAGCAGAAAUGCGCACCAAAGGACGAGACCUGUUGCAUCAUUUUCAGACUCAAGGAACUCCUAUUAUGAUUGGAGGUGGAGUUUUAGCGCACACCAUUCUAGGAGUUGAUUUUAAUGAUCAAACAGGGGACAUAAGGUUUUUAAUUCUUGAUCCACAUUACACUGGUGGAGAAGAUCUCAAAGUUAUAUUAGACAAGGGGUGGUGUGGAUGGAAAGGACCUGAUUUCUGGAAUCAACAGGUCCACUACAACAUGUGUAUGCCUCAGAGACCAGACAUGAUUUGAUGACACAAAAAGCAGACA